AAUAAACCAGCUCAGAUCAUACAUUGUUGUAGUUUGAUUUAUAUAUUAUCAACUCUUCAAGUGUAUCAAUAGGACAAACAGUACAACUAGCUUCAUUAGUAAACAUUGGUCCAUCGACCCCGGAUAUCAGACCCGGAAUAGUCUGAAUUUUUUGUUAGUUUGCGGUGCCAGCUUUGGGCCGCACCCCGUAGUACUCGCAGUGGAUCGCUGCGGCAAGAGUACCGGGCACCUCGCAGAGGCAGCAACAGCUUGGCCCAGCAAGAGGGCCAUACUCAGCUGCAUUGGGAGUGUUAGUUCAACGUGACGCCACAGAGGGCGCCAUCAGCAGUACAUCGCCAAUUCAAUCUUCGAGUUCGUCGAUAGCAGCCGGGAGUUGAAGUUCAAAGUGACGCCGAAGGAGGGCGCCACGAGUACACUACUAGUUCAACCUGGGUUUGUGUGAGUGAAGUGCAAACGUGAGUACAAUUUAAUUAAAUACCAUAGUAGCAGAGACAUUUAAUAUAACUUGAUUGGUGACAAGUACUGUAGACAUUAUUUGCCAAGCAAUUUUAAACUUUAUUUCUAAGAAGAUUUUAACUUUAAAAUUGUGCAUGUUAGAUUAAGGACUUAGAAUAAGUUUUAUAAAAACGGAGGAACGGGGAACCUAUGUCCGAUUUCUACCAGAGUGUAUUUAUUUAUAAACACUUGUAAAAUUUUUCGUUGUUUUUGAGACUUAGAAAAAAUCGCAAACUUUUGUCUAGUAAAGAAACUUGUAAAGUUAUACAUUUCAAUUGAGGUUGUUCUGUUACCAAGUUAAUAUUGUGUUAACAUUUAGAUUGAUAAAUUUAUCUUCACAUAAAUAAUUAAAUUAUACUUUUGUUUGAUAUUAAUUAAUCAAUUCUAUAACUAUCUUUUACCAUCAUUUUGUUUGUUGUUUACGAUGGAAGGACAAAUUAAUAUAUUAAAAGACCUUCAACAAGUAAUUCAAAAAGCCUUUACUAAUUUUAAAAAGUGUCCAAAGGAUAGACUUACAGUAGAAUAUAUACAAACAAGGCUUGAAUUAUUAGAAAAUGAUUGGUCUUUGUUUAAAAAUACUAAAUCUCAACUUUAUGGUCGGUUUAAGUUAGAAGACAUAGGUCAAAAGGUUGUCGAUAUAUAUGACACAACCGAAGAUACUUACAUAUCAUGUAAAUGUUUAAUGAAAUCAACGUUAAAUAGUGUAAGAGAACCGCUACCACAAGACAGUGGAUGUAGUAAUAAUUCUUCUAAGCAAUCUAAUUCAUUUGUAAAGUUGCCCAAGAUAACAAUUUCUACCUUUUCUGGCAAGUACAGUGAAUGGACAUCUUUUCACGAUCUUUUUAUUUCACUUGUACACAAUAAUGCAUCUUUAGAUAAUGUGCAAAAACUGCACUAUCUUAAAAGCCACCUCACUGGUGAAGCCGAACAGUUGAUUAGGCACACACCAAUCACAGAUGCCAAUUACCGCGAAUGUUGGUCUCAGUUAGAAAAGCGUUAUGCAAAUAAAAAGUAUUUAACCAGUUGUAUUUUAAAAAUAUUGUUCGGUCAGAAACGCUUACAUGUGGAAUCGGCUAACUCAUUAAAGGAGCUGCAUUUAAACAGUCGCUCGUGGUAUCACGAGCGACUGUUUAAAUGCAUUGAAAAAUUUGAAAAUCGAUGUAAGUACAUGGGACGUUAUUGUUAUCCAUAUAGUGACGUUCAAAUUAGAUAAUGAAACACGAAAGCAGUGGGAGUUAAGUGUUUCUAAUGACUCCAGCAACGAGUUGCCCACCUUUGAGCAGUUUCGGAUAUUUAUUGAAAGUCGUUUUCGCGCUUUAGAAUGUAUAGAGCCGAGGAAGGCUGUGGCUCACCAGAUCAAUAAUAGUUCUCACGUUCUUAGUUCGAAAGCAAUGCUGGCCACAAAGUCGUCGAAUAUUCGUUGCGAAUUUUGCUCAGAACUUCACAAGCUCUGUUUUUGUAAGCAAUUUGCAAAACAGUCCAUAGAAAACAGACUAGAGUUCAGAUAAUUAAUGAAUACUUACAAUUAGGACACAUGAGACCUGUAAAGGAAGAGGAUAAUAAGAAAGAUGAAGCAGUUUACUUACCACACCACGCGGUGAUUAGAAACGAUAAGACCACCACGAAGGUACGUGUAGUUUUCAACGCCUCUGAGAAAAAUAAAAAAGGAGUUUCACUCAAUGACACUUUAAUGGUUGGACCAACGCUGCAAGCAGACUUAAGACACACCAUUCUUAGAUGGAGAGUACACGCUAUUGGUAUUGUGGCGGAUAUAAUCAAAAUGUACCGCCAAGUCAGAAUAGCGGAUGAAGAUGCUGUCUUCCAGAGGAUACUUUGGCGAGAAAGCCCUGAAAAGCCACUUAGGGAUUAUGAGUUGGUAACGGUGACCUUUGGAACAGCUUCUGCACCAUAUCAGGCAGUUAGGUCACUCCAUCAGGUUGCGUACGACGAAGGAGAUAAGUACCCGCUAGCAGCAGAUAGAGUUUUAAACUCUUUUUAUAUGGACGAUUUAAUGAUGGGAAGUAAUAGCGUCGAAGAGGGCGUUGAAAUCUGUAAACAGAUGGUAGCAUUAUUAGGAAAGGGAGGAUUCGCAUUGCAGAAGUGGAACAGUAACAAUCGGCAACUAUUAGAUAGAAUAAGUUCAAUAUAUACAAAUGAAGUAGUACAGCAAACAGGUCAAAUAAAAAUUAAAAAUGAGAACACUGAAAAUAAGGACAAAGAGGACAUAGGAGUUAAGGAAAAGGAAAUAGAUAAUAAGGAAAUAGAAAUUAAGCUAAAUAGUACAAUAAAAAUUUUGGGACUUACCUGGAACCGCCACGAAGAUUGCUUUCAGUACUCGGUAAAUCUUCCACCGCUGACGACAGCACCUGUAACAAAAAGACUAAUAAUAUCAGAUAUAGCUCGUUUGUUCGACCCAUUGGGAUGGUUAGCUCCUAGUGUCGUAUUAGCAAAGAUGUUCAUACAAAAAUUAUGGCUCUUAGGUGUAUGUUGGGAUGAGGAAUUAACUACCGAAGUAAUAACAGAGUGGAGUACUUACCGCGAAGAGUUGUCAUUACUAACCAAAGUUCAGGUACCUCGUUGGCUUGGUACUAGUUCAUCUGAUGACCUUGAAUUGCACGGUUUUAGUGACGCCUCUAAAGCAGCGUACUCAGCCGUCGUUUACUUAAGAACAAUUGAUGUCUCAGGCAAAAUUCAUCUGUCGUUGUUAGUGGCUAAAACGAGAGUAGCUCCCAUCAAACAAAUUAGUAUUCCUCGAUUGGAGCUAUGUGGUGCUGUACUUGUAUCAAAGUUAUUGAUAGAGACAGCAGAGAUUUUAAAUAUUUCAAAGGAAAAGAUCUUUGCAUGGACUGAUUCUACAGUAGUGCUAUCGUGGCUUAAUAGUCACCCUAGCAGGUGGAAAACGUUUGUUGCCAACAGGACUUCAGAAAUUUUGGGCGCUUUGAAUUCAUCUCAAUGGUUUCAUGUGCCGACCAAAGAGAACCCAGCUGACUGCGCAUCAAGAGGAAUACUACCCAGUUCAUUAGUCGGUAAUGAGUUAUGGUUUUCAGGACCAUCAUUUCUGAAAAAUAAAUUAAUUGAGUACAAGAGGCCAAAGAAUCUAAAGACAGAUUUAGAACAAACUAUAAAGGCGCACACAGCUGUAGUUCCAGAGCACGUAGUUUUCGAAAAUUAUUCCAGUCUAAGAAAAUUAGUUAAAGUUAUUGCGUAUUGUCGAAGAGUUUUAAAAAAGGAAAAACACGAUAGUAAAUAUUUGAAAGAUCACGAAAUAGAAGCAGCAUUACAAACUUGUAUAAGGAAAUCACAAAUAGAUUCAUUCACAACAGAAUAUGAACAAUUAAAGGAAAAGGGGUAUUUGAAUAUAAAAUCAAGUAAAUUGAAAUCACUUUGUCCUUUUCUCGACAAGAAUGGUAUCAUGCGAAUUCGUGGACGACUUGAAAAGUCUGAACUAGAUGAGCAAGUAAAACAUCCGAUAGUUCUACCACAUUCAUGCCAUUUGACUCUUCUUAUAGUUGCAGACGCGCAUGAGAAGACAUUGCAUGGUGGUCCUCAGUUAAUGGCAAACUAUUUAAGGUCAGCCUAUUGGGUAAUAGGUGCUAGAUCUCUAGUUCAACAAUAUGUUCGCAAGUGUGUAACUUGUGCGAAACAGAGAGCUAGUGUUAGAAACCAACUGAUGGGUGCGCUCCCAUCGGUUCGAUGUACACCAGCAAGACCAUUUUUAUAUAGCGGAGUGGAUUAUGCUGGACCCAUAAGUAUAAGAACCACUAAAGGACGUGGGCAUCGUUCUUAUAAGGGCUACAUAUGCCUUUUCGUUUGCAUGUCCACUCGUGCUAUUCACCUAGAGGUCGUCAGUGACAUGAGCACACAGGCAUUUUUAGCCGCUUUUCGACGUUUUGUGUCGCGACGAGGUCACUGUGCUAAAUUGUGGAGCGACAACGGCUCCAACUUUGUAGGCGCCUCCAGAGAACUGCAACAGUUGGCAUCUAUUCAGCCAGCCAUAGCAGAAUAUCUGGAAGCAAACAACACCGAGUGGCAUUUCAUUCCGCCUCAUGCUCCCAAUUUCGGUGGUCUUUGGGAAGCGGGUGUAAAAUCCACCAAAUUUCACCUUAAAAGGGUUAUUGGCGACUCUACCCUAACGUACGAGGAAAUGACUACAUUCCUCAAUCAAGUGGAAGCCUGUCUGAAUUCGCGGCCGAUAAGCGUUAUUAACUUUACUGAUCCUGGUGAGCCCCUCCCUUUAACUCCUGGACAUUUUUUAAUAGGAGAACCGAUAAUUAAUGUACCAGAUAAAAAUUACAAAAGUUCAAACGUAAGCUAUUUAACUAGGUGGCAAUUUGUGCAAAGGAUGCUGCAGUCUUUUUGGAAACGAUGGUCACAGGAAUAUCUGUCAAAGCUCAUGAAUAGGUACAAAUGGGCGUCACAAGUUCCGGAACCUAAUGUUGGUGACGUUGUUUUAAUUAAAGAAGAUGAUUUGCCUCCAAGUCGUUGGUUAUUGGGUAGAGUUAUAGAGAAACACCCCGGUGAUGAUAACGUUACCCGUGUAGUCACAUUGCGUACGAAAACAUCCGUAAUUAAGAGGCCAACAUCAAAAUUAUGUAUUCUGCCUAUCUCGGAUCCAUGAAUUGGUCAAUUUUUAUGUCAAAUUUAUGUAAAAAUAUUAUUGUAUCAAAUGUUCUUUUACUUUUACGAUCAAAUGUAGCUAUAUGUACAACAUUAAUUACAUUUAUAGGUUUAAUUUUACAAUGUUACUUUUCAAAAUUUUAUUUUAGGUUAUUUUAAGCUGUUGAAGUCUUUAUUUUUAUUUGUAAGUUUUUAGGUCAUACUUUAUGAGAUUAAAUUAUAGAAGUGUGUUAUAAAGUAUUAAGUGCAAAUUUUAGAUUUAAGUUCAAAUUUUAAAUUUAAGUGCAAAUUUUAGAUUUAAGUGCAAAUUUUAGACUUAAGUACAAUUUAAAAGGCCAUUCCGUCACUAAAUGUCCUUGGUGGGCGGUAUGUUAAUGAAGAAACCACAUUUGUAAUUAAAAAAGUUUUAGUUCUACUUCGAUAGAUGGCGUUGACAUAGAAAUAGAUUGAACUAUGGUUGCGUUACUCAGUGUGUAAUAAGGCCAUUUAAAUUAUUGUAUAUAAUAAUAAACCAGCUCAGAUC